AAUUAUUUAGGGCAGCAGUUGGGCCGAGUUUCGGCGUGGGCCAAACUCACGAUGGGCUUUUGAGACGGAAGCUGAAUAUGGUUUGCUUCAUCUGAGAGACGGAAAACAAUCGCCGGCUAUGUAAGAAGCGACUGGGCGGCAUGGAUGCGUAUUCAUGGUUGAAACGCAGUCUUUCGAGACCCAAAAAGACCUCCUCUCUACCCUCCUCCGACGCCCAUCUUCAACAGAAAAGCAAAGAAUCGCAAGACGGGGAUGAAGAACAACAACUAUAUGGAGUCACUGAGCAAUUGAUUGAUUUCAUCAAGUCAUUCACUCUCGACACCUUCAAGAACUUCCCUCUUCAAGAUGAAAAGGCAGUUGAUAGUGGUGGUGGUGAUGGAGCUCCAACAACCUCCAGUAACUUACGGAAGGAUUUGUCUGAUUGGCAAGAACGACAUGCCACCCUUGUCCUCUCCAAAGUCAAGGAACUGUCAAAUCUUAGAUUUAGGUUAUGCCCGCGCUACUUGAAGGAGCAGGAGUUCUGGAGAAUAUAUUUUACACUUGUCAAGAGCUAUGUGGCUAAAUAUGAGCUGCACGCCAUACGGCUAGCACAACUUAAACAGUUGAGGGUGGAGAACGAGAAUAGUGCGGACACAAAUGCAUGUGAAGUUGAAAUGUCAGAGGCAAAACAAGUGGCAAGUGAAGUGCCUGUAACUUCCUUGGAACCCUACUAGGAUUUCACUUUUAUAUGAGAAUGGAAGCAGAGAUGUUUGAGAGUAAGAGGAGGAGAUAUAAGAGCAGGGUGAACAAUUGGAUUUGUCACUUAGUGAAGUCCAAGUUGGCUACAUUGGCACGAAAGAACCGGAAACUCUUCUGGGAUGACUUGGCAUAUUGAUGUAUUUAAAUCUCCAAUCCCUGUGAGUCACCUAAAUUACAAUUGGUUGACUUCAAUCUUCUUUAUUCUGUUGAGCAUUGGGCUCCCAUAAGUUAUAACAACAGAAACAGAUUUAUAAUAAUACUGAUAGUUUUGUCCUUCGACUGCUUUUAAUUUCGG